AUGAAAUCCAUGAUAGGGAAGAAGAAAGAUCGAGGAAGAAAGGUUCAGGUCCAGGUCCCAUCACGCCCGCCCGCCCGCCCGCCCGAUUUGUACGCGAAGCUUGAGCGAGUCUUGAAGGUGGUCAUAGGAAUCAAGUCACACUUCGCACCACCUACAAUAACACCCAACCUCGAGCUACACGCUUGGCACUCCAGGCACACGCUUAGCAGGAUGGAGAGACCGGCUAAGAGAGCGAAGUGAGUAAUCCGGCCUCUAGCGGCGAAUGCGACUAAUUGUUCCGUAGGAUGGACUUCACCAAAGAAGCCACUGUCGAGGUCAUAUACAACUCCAAGACGACGACAUUCCACGUGCCAACACAGCUCGCAAUGUCUCAAUCCGCAGACAUGGACUCGUAUUUCAAGACCUAUUGCGACGGAACGUACCGGAUCUACACCCACGAGCCCACGAUUUUUUGCAUGCUUCUCGAGCUCUGGCACUAUGAUGAGAUCGUUCUAGACCGAGACUUGGACACUACAGAGCAGUGGAUGCACCUUUUCAAGGUGUACAGUCUAGCUUUGGAUGUCGACGCCUCUCCGUCCUCGGACAAGAUCUUGGCGGUGAUCAAGCAGAGGCUUGAUCGUGGCGAGAUUCCGCCAGCGGCUGCUGUCGCUUGGACCUAUGAGACUCCCGAUGAGGAUUGCGGUGCGGUAAGAGAGGCCGUGGUCGAAGCUGUUUGCAAAAAAUUGCUUCAGAAGGAUCUCUCCAAUCCACUGACCGAUUUUGUCAAUGACGUCAUGAAGGAGGCAAAGAAGCGAAAGGACCCAUGA